GAGGUGACGUGGCACGUCGCAGCAUAAAAACGUCAUCCAAGCUUAACCCGUUGCUAUGGCAAUAAGCAACAUCCAGAGAAUAAUAAUGAAGUGCUGAGGUGUUACAGUUAUCGGUGAAUGCGUGGAAAUUGAUAUAUUUACCGAGUCUCCAGAACUGUCGCUGACACAGUUAUUGAAAAGGAAAGAAAGAAUUCAAAGUCAAUUCGUACAAACAUGUAAAUAUACUGUACAGCCUACAUAAAACACAUUUGAUAUCAACAAAUACAGCCUAUGGUUGGUCAACCAUACGCCAUACGCGAAACGGCUUCGACCAAUGAUAAAGCUUCAUGCGUCACUUCACUUAAAUGUUUCCAUAGAAACAGGUUGAACUGUCUCAUUAUCCCACAUUCCUUUUUGAACUUGUUUAAACUAUUUUUUCUACUUCAAAAUGUUUUCUGAGUCCGCCUCCCAAGUUGUCGCCGAAGAUGAAGACGAGGAAGACAUAUAUCAAUUCAUUUUUGACAUGUGCAGCACAGAUAGCAGGGAGAGGGAGGAAGAGGAAAACGCUCAAAUCCCAUCCAGCCCAGAGCACACACCUGUGCAUCUGAAAAUUAAUGGUGAAAAAAAGACACACGUGGUUGUUGGUGCUACAAACAGAAAAGACAUGGAUGCAUUGGACAAUAUGCAAGGGAUCCCAGUACUGCAUGUGAAUGUUGCAUCUGAGGAAAAACCAUGGAGGAUAGCUGGCACUGACAUCUCAGAUUACUUCAACUAUGGUUUUAAUGAGGGAAGCUGGAACGCCUACUGUAAGAAACAGUCGAAGCUCCGUGCAGCUAAUAGAAAACUAUACAAUAAAACCAGGGUCCAGAAGGGGCAUACUAAACUUGGAAAAAAAGAUCCUUGUCAUCAUUCUUCCUCAGGCAGCCCAUUACUACUGGCCUCUAGAGAAUCAAGUGCCAGACCUGGACCUGGAUCCAGCAGCCGAGUGGAAGGUUACUGUUGUCUCAGUGAUGAAGGAAACAGUGCUCAGGUAGUUACUGAGAUGUUCCCCAUGGAGGAUAGAAUUACCUCUUAUCCUCUGAUCCCUUCACCCAAUUUUAUGUCUCGCUUCGCAUAUACCACUCCACCAUCUUCCCUUUACCGACCAGAACCCCCUUCUCUCUCCACCGCCAUUGCAACUUUGGACAGUGGACACGCUAAAGAGUUUGAUGAUCCCUCAACUUCAUAUACAUGUUCAUCAGGUGUAUCAUCUUUAAUCACAGGGAGUAUGGCCUCCAGCUCUAGAGUGAUUAACGCUGCCAAGGCCUGGGAAUUGUGCAUAUGGCAGGAAAAGUGUGACAAAGACAGAGACAGAUCCAGAGAGCAUGGCCAUGAUAAAAACAGUAGAAGAGGCAGAAUUAGAGAAAGUGAGAGCUGUUCCUUUUCACACAGCAGUGGAGAAGAGCGAAUGAGGCACAGGGACACUAUGGAGCGAGGGCACAAACGCCACCACUUUGAAAAAGUCAGUGGAGAAGAAGAAGAGCACACAGAGAAGAGGCAAAAAAGCGAGGGAUGGCAAAAAUCAUUACGCAGCAGCAGCAGCAGCAGCAGCAGCAGGGGUAGGAGGGACGAUGGUGAAGACAGGGAAAGUCAGAGCAGACACAAACAAAAAAAGGCCAAAAGAAAUAGGAAGGACAAGUAGACCAACGAGAUGUUCUCUGCUGGCCAAGAGAGGAAAUUAAAAGCUAAAUGACUUGCAGUCUCCUAGUUUAUUAAACGAGGCAAACUGCCCUGUGGCAUGUUGUGGCAUGUUGUAUUAGGAUUCGUACAGCUCCUACACUGAAUUAGUGAAUGUAUUUAAUUUAUUAGAGAGGCUAAAGAUAAUUAUAUAUUGUAAACAACGUGCAUGUAUUGUAUUAGUUUUUUAGAGCUUUUGUUGAGUUAAGGCUUUUGGAGGAAGCUGUGUGAAUCCCAGUGAAUUGUGCUUUAAACAGAUUUUCUCAUACAGGUCUCUUUUUAAAUGACUUUAUUGAUCAUUUAACCAAAUGUACCAUCAGAUAUACUACACAGGCCGAAGCGUGACAGACAGAACCACAGUAGACAGGCCCCAGACCAUCCACUGAUACAUAGAAACCAAGUCAGUUUUUUUUCUUAAAAGUAAGAAAAUUAGUAAGGCCUCCACAAUUUCACCUAAUUAAAUACCAUUUUUUAAUAUCUUAUGAACACAUUGAUCCUUUAUUUUUUUAUAUAUAUUUUCCUUGCCAGUGGUUUGAUAAUUUAGCCAUAGCUUCUGAAAUAAAAGAAAAAAACCUCAACACAGACUACUACUUGGCAACGUGUCCUCAGGUCAACGGAUGAAGAUGACAACCACUGUCAGUACAAACAGAAUGGAGCCUAUUUUUAAAGGCCAUACCACAAACAAACAAAAGAAACGUAUUACAAGUGCUUGGAUCAGUACUUUUUUAGACACCCAACA